AUGAUUACAUGUCAACAUGAUAAAGAAUUUUCCUCAUUAUCUUCAAAUUCUUCUUCGUCAAUUUCAUCUAUUCGGCCAACAUUUGGUGAUUAUACAUUUUGUGAUGUUACUACUGCAAAUAAUGAAUUAAAUUAUUAUCCACCAUUUUAUUCAUUUAUUGGACAAAAUUGGACACCCACAGAUCUUAAUUUAACAUCCACAAUGGUUCCAUCAUGUAAAUGUGAUAAUAUGUUAUCAAUGGUCAAACAACCAAAACCAAAAAGACGUCGUGUAGCAACAAUAGCUCAACGUCGAGCAGCUAAUAUUCGUGAACGUAAAAGAAUGUAUAAUUUAAAUGAAGCAUUUGAUCAACUAAGAGAAAUAGUGCCCAUAUUUGCCUAUGAAAAAAAAUUAUCAAGAAUUGAAACACUUCGUUUAGCUAUUACUUAUAUUGCAUUUAUGACACAAAUUAUUAAUGGAAAAACGGUUGAGACAGCAUCAUUGAAUCCUGAAAAAGUUUUAGAAGAAUGGUUUGCUGAUCCAAAUAAUUUAGCAGCAUCAAAUCAACAAUCAUUUACAGAAGCAUCUUAUUUUUUUGACACAGAUUCAAGUUGUAGUUUUGAUUAA